CAACUGGCCACCAGAGUUUUUUUUAGGGCUGUAGCUCAAAUGCCCACCAGCAGCUGUUGUGAAUGUGUGUGAGCGCAUGUGUGUGCGUGGCUGGACUUUUCCAAUCUUCUGAUCGUACAACUUUGUCUGGAAAUCACAGUCACAAUGACUCUCCAGUGGACAGCUGUAGCUUUCUUCCUCUAUGCAGAGAUAGCAGUCAACCUCAUCUUGUGUAUACCCUUCAUAUCCGCACAGAGAUGGCGUUUGGUUUUCAGCUGGAGAAUAUGGAACUGGUUAUCUCCAUAUUGGAACAAAUGCUUCUUUACUAUGAUCAUGGUUCUUAUUUUUCUUUUCCUUGAUGCUGUCCGUGAGGUGCAGAAGUACUCGGGUCCUGAGCCCAUGUACGAUGCCAAGGUGAACCCAAGUGUGCACGACAACAUCCACAUGAAGCUGUUCAGAGCCCAGAGGAACCUCUACGUAUCAGGCUUCUCUCUCUUCCUCUGGCUUAUCAUGCGUCGGGUUGUCACCUUGCUAAACCAGGUUGCUGUCGCCUUGGAGAACAGUGCAGGUCUUCAGGCGCAGAUGGACGGUGCUGUCAAAGCAGCCAAGCAGCACCAGGACGACAACUUGAUGCUCAAACACGCUCUUCUGGAUGAAGAAAGAUCCAUGUCAGCAAAAAAACAGCAACUGAAGCUGGAGGUUGAGAAGCUGGCAGAGCAAGUGAGGGCUGCUGAGGAGGCUGUGCGCAUGUCUCAUGCUGAAGUGGAGGCUAUGAGGAGGCAGGCCAAAGGUCUGGCACAAGAGUAUGACAGACUAUUGACGGAACACCAUCAGCUCCAGAAUCUCCAGAGUGCUGCAGACAAAAAGGAUCAGUAACCACAGGAAUACAGUGACAAUUGUUUUCAGAUGCUGUUUCUCCUCUUUCCAAGGAAACCUUUUCUUCUCAUUACACUACAACCGUGUGCUAUAUACAGUACACCACCAGCGGCCAUAUUUGUGUUAUCUUUCACAACGUUCGUUUUCCUUUGAAGUUUGAACCAAGGCACAUUUUUUAAUUGAUAGGAUUAAACACUGGAUACAGUAUAUCGGAUAAACAGUAGCAUGAAGAGUUUUCAAAUGCUUAAAAAACAUGAAAUAUAUCUUUUUGCAUGUUACUCUUAUAAGUAUUAAAAGUGUACAAAUGAAUUGAAA